AUGUCUAUAUACUUAUCACGAAAAGAAACCGAGUUGGAUGUCCUAAAAGCGAGUCACAAUGAAUUGGCUGGCCGCAUAAAAGCCGCUGAAGCUCACGGCAAAACUCUUGUGUGGGUACCUCAUGAGAAGGAUGGGUUCGCUUUGUCGUUCAUAAUCAGUGAAGCGGAUCAUGAAGGGUACGUGCAGGUUGAACUACUCGAUUCACAUGAACGUCAGCGUGUUAGUCGUGAUGAUUACCAGAAAGUAAAUCCACCCAGAUUCGACAAGUGUGAGGACAUGUCAAGCAUGUCGUGCUUAAACGAGGCUUCCGUUCUACAUAACCUUAGACAGCGGUUUUUCUCUAACCUCAUCUAUGGAAAGAAAAGGAAGGAGAUGCCACCGCAUAUUUUUGCGGUAACUGACGAAGCGUAUCGCAAUAUGCUACAGGAUCGAGAAGAUCAAUCCAUCCUUUGCACAGGAGAGUCAGGUGCCGGCAAAACAGAGAACACUAAGAAGGUGAUCCAAUACCUUGCUCAUGUCGCCGCACCGAGGUCGAGUAACAGUAAGGGCAAAUUCAUCAGAAUUCAUUUCGAUGCGGCUGGUGCUAUCUCAGGAGCCAAUAUAGAGUUCUACCUUUUGGAAAAGUCUCGCAUACUUCGGCAAUCUGCUGACGAACGGUGUUUUCAUAUCUUUUAUCAGCUUCUCAAAGGAGCCAGCGUCGAUCAGCGGGGUGCACUCCUGCUUGAAUCGAAUCCGAAACAGUAUAACUUCCUGUCUAAUGGCGAUAUAUGCAUACCGGGAGUUGAGGAUGCAGGCGAAUUCGAGGAGACGAUGCGGGCAAUGAGAAUUGUUGGAUUCCAAGACGAAGAGAUUGAAGCAAUUCUACGGAUCGUUUCCGCGGUUUUACUGUUUGGAAAUCUCCAAUUUUCCCACGAGGGCAAGAAUUCGGAUCAAGCCGUGCUCCAGAACGAUGGAGUUGCUCAUAAAAUAUGUUCGCUUUUGGGGCUUAACCUUGCUGAAAUUAUGAAAGCUUUCCUCAAGCCGAAGAUCAAAGUGGGUCGUGAGUAUGUUCAUCGUAGUCAGAACGAGGAGCAGGCAAGGUUUUCUGUGGGCGCCAUUUCAAAAGCAAGCUACGAGCGAUUGUUCAGUCGAAUCCUUGAGGCAAUUGAUGUGCAGCCAUCUCUCUAUCGGAUAGGACAAUCGAAAGUAUUUUUCCGCACGGGUGUUAUUGCUGGUCUCGAAGAAGAUCGUGACGAAAGGCUGGCUGUUCUUGUUGUUCGCUUCCAAGCACUGUGUCGCGGUAUGUUGGCUCGUGCUGAUUUCAAUCGACGCCGAGAAAAAGCUGCUGCCAUUCGUAUAAUCCAGCGAAAUGGUUUGGCGUGGAUACGGCUUCGAGGGUGGCUUUGGUGGAGACUAUUUACUAAGGUGAAACCCUUGCUGGAAAUAACCAACAAGGAUAUGGUGAUCGCAGAGAAAGAACAAGAGCUAAAAACUACUUCUGAGAAGUUGAGGAGAAGCGAAAUAUUCAUAAACGAUAUGUAUCGUAAAAUUGAGAAGUAUGAUGAAGAGAAAAAUCGUCUACAGGAAAAACUAGACCUGGAAAGUAUGGAACGCGCAGAGGUAGAUGAGGAACGGCAACGUAUUGCAGCUCGGAAGUUGGAGCUGGAGACAGCUCUCGACCAGAUGGAAAAACAGCUACAUGCCGAGGAGCAACGCCGCGAAGCUGCAGAGCGUGAACGGAAGAAAUUGAUGGAUAAUGUUCAUGACUUGGAACACCAUCUCGAAGAAGAGGAACGCGCCAGACAAACCUUGCAUCUAGAAAAGGUCGAAAUAGAGAAAAAGUUGAGAGAUCUUGAGUCGCAAAAUCUGGAGUUUGGAGACACUGCAGGGCGGCUCGGGAAGGAGAAACGCAUGUUAGAAGAGAAAGUAAAGGACCUCUCAGCUCGUCUGAUUGAUGAAGAAGAAAGAGCUAAGUCACUGCUGAAGCAGAAAAACAAAGCUGAAAUCUCUGCAGUCGAUUUGCAAGAAGAAUUGGAAAGGGAGAAAGUGGCAAGAAAUGAGGCUGAAUCCGCAAGGAGGGCACUUGAUGGUGAACUCAGAGAAGAAAAGGAAGCAGCGUCUGAACGACUGCGGAAAAUCGAGGAAUUCGCUCAGAUUCUAAGUCGUAAAGAUGCUGAAUUAGUUCAGCUGAAACUUAGAAACGACGAAGAAACAGCGUCUCGCCAGCAGUUGGAAAGAAAUCUUCGUGAACUACAAUCUCAGCUGGAUGACGCUGUUGAGGAUCUGAGGCAGGAACAAGCGUUACGGGUCAAAUCUGAGAAAGCACGUCGUGAACUUAGCGAACAAGUUGAAACUUAUAAACUUGAACUUGAGGAGACUCAGGACAAAAGCGCUUCACAUCAUGCGAUGCGAACUAAACGAGAAGAAGAGUACAGCUUGCUGCAGAAUCAACUGGCCGAGAGUAUACGUGAAUCUGAUCAGAGAUACGAAGCUUUGCGCUCGAAACACCUGAAACAGUUAGAAGAACUUGGAGAAGAAAUGGAUCAGCUGAAGAGAGCAAAGGCCGCGUCAGAAAAGGCACGAACACAGCUUGAAAAUGAUUUCAUGAACGCGCAAAGGGAAUUGAAUACUCUUCAAUCUUUACGAACUGAUAGCGAACGGAAGAGAAAGAUGGCUGAAUCGCAACUCGCUGACCAGGCCCUCCGCUUACAACAAUACACUGAAGACAAUGAACAACUAGUCUCAAAAGUAACCAAGCUUGCAAGCGAUCUAGAUGCUGCUUUGAAAGGUCGUGAAAUGGAUGCCGAGGCCAACGGCAGUUUGCUGAAGAAAAUUGCUAAUCUGGAAAUGGAAAUUUCCGAAUUGACUGAGGCCAGCUCAUCAAACUUUCUCAUCGCUUGCGCAGCAGAGGAGACCGCGAGGAAUCGUUCAAACCUUACCGUGAAGUUGAGGAAAGCUGAAGAUGAAGCGGCAGAGUUGCGGGAUGCUCAGGAUGAGUUGAAACAACUUAUGGAAAAAUCUGAGAAGGAGGUGGCAUCACUAAAAUCUCAGUUGUUGGAUUCCCGUAAGCGAUUUGACGAGGAACUCGCAGAUGCAGUCGGAGAAGUACAGCGUAAGCUAUCGCGUGAGCUAGUAACCGUGGAAAACAGAGUUACUGAAGCUGAAGCUGCUCGUGAUAAAGCAGAACGUGCCAAAGUGAAAGCGCAGCAAGAGGCUGAAGACGCAUGCCGUGAGAUCACGGAAAUCACUGCUUCUAUAAGGGAAUUUGAGCGAAAACAAAGGAAGUUCGAUCAGCUACUGGCCGAAGAGAGAGCUACUACGGCUAAAGCCAUUACUGAUCGAGAUCUUGCUCAACAACAGGCUCGCGAUGCAGAAACACGCUAUUUGAACGCUGUCAAAGAAUUGAAGGACCUCCAAGGCCAGGUUGACGCUUUUGAAAAAGAACGGCGAAUGCUGCGCCUCGAAGUUGAUAAUUUGGCAUCGACAAAGGACGAUGCGGGAAAAAGCGUUUUUGAAUUAGAUAAAGCUAGGAAACGUCUCGAAGAAGAACUUGCAGAAGCUAGAGAGCAGAUAGCCGAAUUGGAAGACGCUCUACAAAUGGCUGACGACGCGAAAACAAGGAGUGACGUCAUGCAUCAGGCAGCCAAACAGGAGUGGGAGAGACAGCUGUCGCAGAGGAACGAUGAAGAAGAGGAUCAACGGCGAUCUCUUACUAAACGAUUGCGUGAACUAGAGGAGGAGUUGAAUGCGGAGCAGCGAUUCAAGGCCCAAGCCGCAGCGUCAAAGAAGAAGUUGGAGGCACAGGUGGUAACACUGCAAGAAGAAAUUGAACAUCUCACAAAGCAGAACGAAGAAGCUAGUAGACAAAUUCGUCGUGUGCAACUGAGUGCCAAGGAAGCUGAAACUGAGGGUGCUGAAGCUAGAGCAGCUAUGGAUGAAGCAUUUAUAUUGCGUGCGGCCGAGGCAGAUAUUUCUCGUUUGAAUGGAGAAUUAUCAUCAUGCCAGCUAGCUCGUAGAAAAGCUGAAGCGGAACGAGAUGAUCUUACCGAAGAACUGUCGGCGUUAUGUCAAGGAGGUGUUGUUGGACAAGAGGAAAAGAAAAAGUUUGAGAAGAUUAUUGCGGACUUACAAGAUAUGCUCGAAGAGGAGCAGACCAGUAAUGAGUUGCAGAACGAAAAGCUAAAGAAGGCACAAGCGCAGGCUAGUUUCAAUAGCUUUUCAUGCAGCGGCCGCCGCGACGCGUGUUCGCGCAGUCAACUUGCAACAGCUGAAGCCAGGGCUCAAAUGUUAGAACAGCAGCUACAAGCAGAAGAGCAGGAGAAAGCUCGUGUUUGUCGUCAGGCACGUCGACUAGAAACGCGAAUAAUGGAGAUGAAUGUGCAGUUUGAAGAAGAAAGACGUCAAAUCGAGCAGCAUCGUGAAUCGUGUGAACGUGCUAAUUCGCGAUACAAGGCGGAGCGGCGUCGAGCUCAAGAGUUGGAGGAGGAAGUAGCCACUGCGAAUUCAAAAUAUCGAGAAAUUUCAAGGCAACUGAUGGAUAUGAAUGAUGCGAACGAUUCCCUCACUAGAGAGGUUAACGCUCUUAGGGUGAAGAGUAUGUGA